UGUUGACUUCUGUUGGUGGCAGGCUAAUCACGCCUUUCAGCGGUAUGAUGCUGGAUAAUUUAUGCUGCUCGUCCUGUCUGGCUCCACUUCAGCCCGACGACGGACAUGACUUGUGUCCCUCCUGCCUCGGUGUGGAACAUCUCCGGGAGGCGCUGUCAGAUAACGCUUGCCCCAACUGUUGCGUCAUGCCCCGGUCAGUCAGACUGGAUCGGUUGGCUGCGCUGGAGCAGCCUACCGACUGGGCGGGCGCUGCGCCGCGUACUCAUUUGCCGAUGGGGAAAGCGAUGUGCAAACGGUCUACUGUGGCUGCACCUUCGGUACCGACAAAACGAGCCAGACGGACCGAUGCAGGGCGGUUGUCCACGAGAGUGGAUCAUCUCACUACUGAACUGGCCCAAAUGAAAGCCCUCCUCCAGUCCUUUCAGACUGCUGAUGAUCGCGGCCCGGCUCUCCCUUCCGAGCAGGAUGAAAUGUCAGUCAACGCCGAUGAUGCUGUUUCUGUGGCGGCCUCUGGCACCCAUUUCUGUGAGGACCUGCCGGAGCUGGGCUCCGGGGCCUCUGGGUCGGACUCCAUUGCCUCCCAGGAGGAUACGGCGGAAUCUGUGACAUCCGCUAUUAGAACGGCUCUUGCCCGUUUACAGAUUAGUGUUCCUCAGGCCCAGCCUACGGCUUCCAGCGCCUUCUUUAAGCGCAGUAGGUCAGAGACUGCCCUUAUGGUUCCUCCCUCGGCGGAGUACGUGCGGGAACUCCAUGCUUGCUGGUCAGACACCAAGGCGCUUUCGCGUCUGACGACGGAUGGCAGGGUCCUGGCAGCUAUGCUGGAGGCCCCCAAGGUUGGCUUGGGGCAGAUGCCAGCGGUGGAACCGGGCAUUGCCUCUCUUAUUAUCCCACCUGAUGAGGCUUUGCGGUCCAAUGCCCGUUGUCCGCGUCCUCAGUGCCGUAUUACCGAUGACCUUCUCUGCAAGGCCUAUGACUCUGGGGCCCGCAUGGGCCGGAUUGGGAACUCUCUAUCCCAUCUUAUGCUGGCCCUGUCUUCCUCCUUGGAAUCUGUUCCACUGGAUCAUGCCACGCAAGGCCUGGUUGAUGCAUCUCUGCAGGCCUUUGCUCUUAUGUCGAGGGAACUUGGACGCACACUAUCCACACUGGUUCACGCUCGCCGCCAAGUCUGGUUGGCGCAGUCACCACUUACUGAGCCUUGUAGGAGGACCCUCCGGGCCCUGCCUGUGGUUCCGGGGGAACUUUUUGGUUCUGCGGCACUGGACGCCUUGGACCGUACAGCUCAGGCUUCUAGAACGAGGCAACAGCUGGCAGGGCUUCACAGACGUGAUCGCCAGCCAGUCAGCACCUGGGCGGCUGCGGGUCCUUCACGGAGGUCCUCAGGGCCUUCUCCUUCUUCCACUGAGCCCCAGGGGCUGGUACCAGGGCAGAGAUCGGUCCAGAGACCUGCUCCAGAUCGGAGAAACAGGGCUCGAGACCAAGCUGGGACGAGGUCCUUUCAUCCCUUUCGAGCCGCGCAGUCUGGCCGACGUCCUCCCGGGCCUUCGAAGGGCCGGGGGGCCCGCAGAUGAUGCCUUAGGGCCGGCGGUCGGUUAUUUUUCCCCGGGUCAGCUCAGCUUCUGGGCUGCCCACACCCCGGACUUGUGGGUGUUGUCCACCCUGUCCCGGGGGUACCGUCUUCAAUUCCGCCGCCGGCCACCUAUCCCUGGCCGGGUCAGGAUGACUGCGAUCUGCGACCCGGUGAAGGCACAGGCACUGAACCAAGAAAUCUGCACCUUGCUGGCCAAGGGUGCUAUAGUGCCUGUGGACCCCCUGCUGGAUCCAGGGGGCUUUUAUUCCAUGUAUUUUCUGGUUCCGAAGAAGACCGGGGGCCUGCGUCCGGUCUUGGACCUCAGAGGCCUGAAUGUGUACUUGAAGGUCAUGCCCUUUCAUAUGCUGACCACCAAGGAAGUGUUGCAGGCGAUUUCCCCAGGCGAUUGGUUCACUUCCGUAGAUCUCAGGGAUGCUUAUUUUCACAUCCCAAUCGCUCCGCCCCAUUGGCGGUUUCUUCGUUUUGCUUUUCAGGGGAGGCAUUUCCAGUUCAGGGUCCUCCCGUUCGGACUUUCACUGUCUCCCAGGGUGUUCACCCGAUGUGUUGCGGCGGCCCUCUCUCCUCUGCAGGCACAAGGAUUGAGGAUCCUCCCAUAUCUGGACGACUGGCUCAUUUGUGCCGCGACACAGGACCAGGCGGUUCGGGAUACUCGGUUAGUGCUCCAUCAUGUGAGAUGCUUGGGCUUGCAGGUGAACAUGGAGAAAAGCGCUCUGACUCCCUCACAGGAGACUGUCUUCCUGGGCAUUGCCAUGGAUUCCAUCUCAAUGGCUGCUUGCCCGUCACCCCAGCGGGUGGACAGUAUAUUGAGCAUGCUCCCGGAAUUCGGGCGCGGCAUGGCACCGCCUCUUGUGCGGUAUCUUCGACUUUUGGGCAUGCUCACAGCUGCGUCUGCCGUAGUGCCCUUGGGGCUGCUGUCAUUGCGGCCCCUCCAGAUGUGGUUGAACAGCUUGAAUCUGGAUCCCGCACGGUACACUCAUCGUCUCCGCAGACUUCGGGUGGGGCCUCAGUGUCUUCAGUCUCUGUCCCAAUGGAGGGUGAGGUUGUUUAUGACCACAGGGGUCCCGCUCGGUUCCCUCCCGUGUCGUCGGGAAGUUGUGUUUACGGAUGCAUCCUCCACGGGCUGGGGUGCGACUUGGCGGGGUCAAAUGGCACAGGGGACAUGGUCCCGGCGGCUGAGCAGGGAACACAUCAAUGUCCUAGAGUUACAGGCUGUCUUUCUGGCUCUUCAGAGCUUUCUUCCAGGCUUGCAGGGGAAGCAUGUGCUGGUGAGGUCAGACAACACCACAGUGGUUUUUCACAUCAACCACCAGGGGGGAACCAGGUCAAGGAAACUGUUGUGCUUGACUCGACGGCUUCUGACCUGGGCAGCUCCAUGCAUAGCCAGCCUCAGAGCAGCCUACAUACCAGGGCCGGAGAAUGUGCCAGCAGAUUUUCUAUCCCGUCGGAAGCCGCUUCCAGGGGAGUGGAAGCUUCACCAAGAGGUAGUGGAGCGCAUCUGGACGGUCUUUGGCAGGGCGGCCGUGGACCUCUUUGCCUCAAGGGACGCAUUUCACUGUCCCCUUUGGUUCUCAUUGGACAACACCAGCCCUCUGGGCCGCGAUGCCCUGGCACACGACUGGCCCCGGGCCCUCCUUUAUGCCUUUCCGCCAUUCGGCCUCCUUUUUCAGACUCUCCUCAGGGUGCGUCAGGAGGGGCACAGGGUUCUGCUGGUGGCCCCCUACUGGCCAGCGAGGACUUGGUUUCCUCUACUGUGCGAGCUCAGCUCCGGCUCGCCAAUGCGUCUCCCCUCCAGGAGAGAUCUUCUUUCCCAGGUGGGGGGUCAGAUUUUGCACCCCGAACCGGACCGGCUCCAGCUCUGGAUUUGGCCCCUGCAGGGCCGGGGUCCACCUUCUCAAGAUACCCUGGGUCCAUAGGGCAUACGAUGGCUAAUGCAUGGGCACCGUCCACGCGAGCUGUCUAUGCUAACAAGUGGACGGUCUUUGCGACCUGGUGCCGUGAUAGGGGGCAGGACCCGGUGCAGUGUUCAG